AUACACCUCCCGGACACCUCCCAGUCAUCAUGAAGGUCGCCGUCAUUCUCGCCCUGGCAACUGCCGCUGUCGCCGACAUCAUUAACAACGAGCACCUCAAGACGGAAGUCACCAACAAGGUCGAGUGCAACCGCCCCACCAAGGCCGGCGACGGCAUCCAAGUGCACUACCGCGGCACCCUCGAGAGCGACGGAAGCGAGUUCGACGCCUCGUACAACCGUGGCCAGCCGCUGGGCUUCACCGUCGGCAAGGGCCAGGUCAUCAAGGGCUGGGACCAGGGCCUGCUCGACAUGUGCCCCGGCGAGAAGCGCAAGCUUACCAUCCAGCCUGACUGGGCGUACGGCAGCCGUGGCGCUGGCCCUAUCCCCGCGAACAGCGUGUUGAUCUUCGAGACGGAGCUUGUAUCGAUCGACGGUGUCAGCAAGGACGAGUUGUAGAUACGGAACGUGGUGAGGCGUGAAGAGGGCACGAUACCCGGAUAUAGCCGUGGGACGUUGGAAAACAUACGGCAUAUGCAUACGACUGAUGAUAUGGACAAAAGAAAAUGAUAUGAACUCGGGAGUGUGUGUGCAUGACUAGUACAUAACUACAUACAACUUACUGGACGAUACCAGUGUGCUUUUGCGCGCCC